AUGAGGACAUGUCGGAAUUUAGAAAGGUGUGAAAAGAAGCUCCGAUUGGAGGAUACAUCCUCGGAGCAAGAUCGAAUGAAGUGCAACUGGAAAAGUGGUGCGAUGGAACUCACUAAUCUGGAGCCGCACGAUACCGGCAUAUACAAUUGCAAGACGCAAAGUGGCGCUGUUGCACAGAUCCUAGAUUACGACCUAUCUGUUCUUCCACACGAGGAUAACAUCACGGUGUUCCUCAGUGGGCAACACUGGCAACGCGACAGACUGAAUGUGCCUGAGUAUCCACAUAAGGAUGUGUUGAACAGGACCUAUCUCCCAGGUAGCGUGUAUGUCAACUGCCGGUUUGUGCUACCCACGGGAUAUGAUAAUUACACUGGGAUUCACUUUGAGUACAUAUUCAUCAACAUGGAGACGCAGCUUCCAUAUCAGCGUGUGGACACAUGGUAUUCGCUUCAAGGUAGGAAUAACAUCACGUAUCACAUAUAUCGAAUAGAAAAGCAGGACACCGCCGGUGUUGUGAACAAAUUUAAACUCCAAUGCUCAUUUCAAUAA